GUUAUGAAAUCAUGAAAGUGAAAAGGCAAAAGACGGUUAAAAAGUAUAUCAAGUUUUUUAAGAAUUCUUUCGGGAUUUUUGAGCCGUAUCAGGUAAUAGUUGAUGGGACCUUUUGCCAAGCCGCAUUGCUAAAUAAAAUCAACAUAAAGGAGCAGUUACCAAAGUACCUUGAUGCCAAUGUUCAACUAUUGACAACAGAUUGUGUUGUGAACGAGUUGCAAAACCUUGGAGGAUCGCUCUAUGGUGCUUUUGUUAUAGCUAAAAGAUUUAAAAGCCGAAACUGUGGUCAUCAAGAUCAGCAUGUUUCAGCAACAGAGUGUGUUACUCAUUUAGUGGGUGAAAACAACGAGAAGAGGUAUUUUAUUGCCACUCAAGAUAAAGAACUUCGAAAUGCAUUGAGAAAAAUUCCUGGAGUUCCAUUAUUAUAUAUCAACUAUAACUGUAUAGUUAUGGAAAGACCAUCAUUUGUCUGUCAGAAAAGAGCAACCGAGGUUCAGACUGCUCGAAUAGAACCGACAGAUCGUGAAAUGGGAACAUUGGAACAAUUGAAAUCCAGCGAACUUAAACAACCUGAAAUCAUCAGACGCAAACGUAAACGAGCUAAAGGACCAAAUCCCCUAUCGUGUAAGAAAAAGAAGAGAGGUGUAUCUUCAAGUUCUUCGCAUUUUAUUCAAGUUCCUACGAACAAAUGCUCAAGAAAACGCAGAAGAAGAAAAAUGGCGGCUCACAUUUUACACGAAUUGAAGCAGAAUGCCUGAAGAGAGAAAGUCAGAUAUCUUGCAAGGUACAUUGUCACGAGCCUUCAAAACAAAUACAUUCGUAAAACACUAUGUUUAGCUUGCUACUUGGGAUUUACAUAAGAAUGUCGCUUGCCAUCAUCGGCUGUUGCCAACUGUGUCAUUGACAAAACAUUCCUUUGUAUUGGACCGCCAAAUUAUCAUGUUAAAAAAAUACGUAUUUUCUAAUGCUUCAGUAAUUUCAAUCGUCGUAGCUAAAUGUAAAACAAAUAAAACAUCCGUUGGUUUCGUGGUGAAAUAAAUAAAUGAUAUUUUUAUUUAAUCUUGAUAACUUCAUUGCUUGUUGAUUUAGGAUUUUUGUACCCGCUACUUUGACAUUUGCCUUAAAAAAUUGAGAUAACUCACUUACUGCCACUUUAUUGACUUAAAAUUGUUUAUUUAGAACGAGAUUAGCUUACAAUUUGCAUUUUCAACGCGCUCUAUUGGGAAAAUACGUAAAAGAUCUUCCUCGUUCGAUCGAGUCAUUCGCUUCAACGAUUCCAUUAUAUUUUAUUUCCUUUUUUCGUGAAAAUCAUUCUUAGAACAUUUAGAAUAUUACAAACUCUUACCGAUUUCCUGCCACGUUUGCAGCUCAAGCAGGUCUCAGAUUCUUGGCAAGGACACGCUAAUUUGAAAACAUGAACCUUUCUCAAAUGAUCAUCAGUAAUUAUCAUUUGAAAGUCAUGGCUAAAUUUACGAUACAAUAAGAUACAAUUACCAUGACGAUGUUGUGUUAUUACCAAAUUGUUUUUUUCCCACAAAGCAACCUUUGUGCUUUCUUUCAUUUUUUUUGUAGAUUGUAUGCAAAGCGAGAGGGUACCUAGUAACGGUGUGUUUUACUUGGCAGUCAGGAGGCGAGCCAUGUCGCUACUUGCUAGUGGUUAUGAAGCCGGUAAAUUCGUUUAUCACGAACGAAUUUGAUGAUUUGACAAUAUUCAACUGCACCCUAUGGUCAUGUAGCAACAAUGGACAAUAGGUAUAUGCAAAUUAGUGCUUUGUGCAUUAACACCUGCCAUUGAUAACCCCUUUAAUAAAGUCAACUGAACACACUGAUAUUCCAAUAUCCGUCUUCACAUUUCAAAACAACGUUAAAUUGUACACAUUUUAUAAGUGCGAUACAUCUUCGCAUCUUAGUAAAGAUAUUGCUAUAGCCUUGAA